UGUGGAACUCAAAGCAAGCAAAGCAAAUGACGACCAUUGAACUUCUGACUUCUGAGAGUAUGACUUGUAUAAAUAUUAAAUUCUCAGGGUGUUGUGGCUUCAAAAGUGGAUACAAUCACCAGGCAGUAAGUACUACUGUCAUGUCUUGGAACAAAGAAGAGGCUGAGAAGGCAAAGGCAAAGGCAAAGGCCAAGGCAGAGGAGAAGUUUAAGGCCAAAGACUAUGAAGGUGCUAAGAGAAUGGCUCUCAAGGCUCAAAGUAUGGAUGCCUCUCUUCCAUGUCUCCGUCAAAUACUGGCAGCUUAUGAUGUUCACAUUGCAGCAGCUUCCAAGAAGAAUGGACGUAUUGACUGGCAUGCUGUUCUCGGCGUUGAACCAUGUGCAGACUUUGAAACCAUUCAGAAUCAAUAUAAGAAGCUACGGUUCCUCACACACCCUGAUAAGAAUCCCUCUGUUGCUGCUGAUGGUGCCUUUAAGCUGGUUGUCAGGGCUUGGGAGACUUUAUCAACAAGUUCGAUGAGGAAUGGAAGUGAUGAAGGUCCUGCAGGCAAAUCUUCUGCCAGUUCUGCAUCUUCUUCUUCAUUUAAUAAACCAAACUACUCCAAAGCUAGUUCUGGACGUUCAGACAACUCUUCUGCCAAUUCUGCAUCUUCUUCUUCUUAUUAUAAUAAUAAACCAAGCUCCAACGCUAGUUCUGGGGGUUCAGCUUUAUGUCCUCGUUGUGACCGGAGAUGUAAAUACUUGGACUCUGAUCGCAUUGUGAUAAUGUGUAGCAACUGUGAUUUGUUUGCAUUCCGUGGCCAUGAACAAGAAGGUAGCUCUUCCUUUGGUGUGAUUAUUGAAUCUGGAGAUACAAUUACAGUGCAUGGAGUCAGUGGCUUGAGCAUCUUCGUAGAGGCUGCAGAGAAUGUCAACGUCACCGGAGAUGGUGGCAGGAUCUAUAUUGAUGGGUGGAAUUACGUGCAUGUACGUGGUUGUGAGAGCAUCUUCAUCAACAAGUGUAAAGAUUCAAGUGAUGCAUAGACGACAUUAAUACUAAUUUUUUUGCAAUUAGAUGAAUCAAACUGCACCAUGGUUCAUGCAGUUGCUUGGGCAUGGCAUUGGAGAGCCUUUACAACUCU